CACUCAGGCCGUACUUAGGGAUAAACUGUUUUGGUUGUCACCUGGGUAUAAAGCGAGGCGACUGGAGGUGUGUGACAGAACAUUGCUACCUCCACCCGGGUACAUUAACAAGUGGAGAUUUCUGAGAUACAACAGCACGUCUCAUACAUCGGGAUAUAUAGAACUUGUGGACGUAUUUGGACAAUACCUUGUUGGACAUUUUGAUUUGUGCAUUAGGACUAGCAUCGGAAACGAACUUGUAUUACCGCCGUUGUCGGGAUCAACACUGACUACUACACCAGUGAUCUCAUCUGUGACAUCAUGUCGGUGGAUUCACGCGCCGCCCUACCCCGCACCCUCGCCGACCUCGUCCCCACGUCCAUGGCAGCCAUGAUGCCCCAUCUCCCGUACUACUACACAGCGGAGCAGCUCAAGUCAUGCCACAACUCCAUGCUUGCAGCAUCGGCCGCGGGGGCAAGCCACCCUUCAAUCUUCACCAUCGACAGCAUCCUUGCCCCCCGUCCCAUCCUCGCCCACCGACCAACGCCCUACUUCGCCUACCCCGGCAUGCCACCACCCCACCACGACUUCUUCGCCGCCUACCCACCCUUCCCCGGGUUUAUGAAUCCUGCUGAUUUGGCACGUGCAGCCGGACAGAAGCGGAAACGACGUCACAGAACGAUCUUUACCGAAGAACAAUUGGAACAGCUUGAGGCGACCUUCCAGAAAACACAUUACCCAGAUGUUUUGCUCAGAGAGGAACUCGCCAUUAAAGUUGACCUGAAGGAAGAAAGGGUUGAGGUUUGGUUCAAGAACAGGAGAGCAAAGUGGAGGAAGCAGAAACGCGAAGAGGAAGCAGUUAAGCGAGGAAGUGAAACCGCCGCAAGACCUACAGCAGAGACGGAUGAAGACGAUAAAGACGCAGAAGCAUCAAUCUGUGUUGAUGACGACAGUGUAGACAUGCGCAGAAGAGACAGUGAAAGUAGCGACUCGUCUAAAGUGGAUUUGGAAGAGAGCGAGGACGAUGCAGUCAGCAACGGCGCUGACGAUAGCUCUCAUAGUUGUGUCUCUCUCACUGGGGCCACAGACAGUCAGUCAGACCAUAGGGGCGAAGUUGAACACUUAGACGUCUCCAGUUAGGAGUCCUGUCAGAUUGACAAUGAAACACGUAUUCUAGUCUUGCCACAAACUCUCUUUCUCAAGUACAACAUACGAGAAAAUGCGAGAGUCGGAACUAAAAUGGACGUUGUGACGCCGCCCUGGUAUCAUAUAGUGCAUGCGACCCCUGUGCGUGGCGAGGGGCAAGGGGAGAUAACCCACGAUGACUUCCGGCGUCGCUGGUGGUGUAUUUGAUGGACACAGGCUAACCCAACUGCGCCUGACUGAUGGAAAAGACGGAAUAUGAACAACCGUGGGAGAAUAAUGUAAUAAUCUGCUGGGUGAAGCUCGAAGAACCAGUUGGUCGCCAUUUUGGUUCUAUGUCCCCGAUGUUAAUGCCCUUCCGCCACAGUAAAGUGGCAGCCCCCGUUGUUGUCGUCGUGAGGUGUCUCCGGCGUUGUUUAGUGAUAUUUAUGUUAUGUGUUGUACAUACACGGAUUGUAAAUUUAUUUCAUAAAAUGUCUGAACUUCA